AGGAAGGGGGUAAAGAGAGGACAGUUCCUCUAAGACAGGCCAAGAUGAGGAGCUGGUGGCUGUCUCUGCUGCUCGUCUCUGCUGUCACAUUACACGGCUGUCUCUCUGACACUGCAGAGCCUGAGGUCCAAGAUGGAAGAUCUAUAGGAGACGUCAUUGACCUCUACAACCAGAGGGAGGGGGUCACAUACUUAUAUAAAUCUCUGGACCAGCUGCCCCCUGUUCCAAUGGAGGAAGAUGAAAAUCCGAACAGAAGAGGCUUUAUUAUUAAAGAGACGGUGUGCCUCAAAACCGAGAAUCCUGAUUUAACCCAGUGUGAUUUCAAGCCCGACGGAGAUGUAAAGAUCUGUUCUCUGGAUUUGGGUGAUGAGGAUCCUGAGGAUAUAAUGUGCACCAGUCUGAACAAGGAGGUCAGUGUGAAGCGGUCCAGCAGAAGGAGACCAUGCAGGGGGAGGUCCUGCAGGCCGCGGCUAACAGGAGGUAAUACUGUUAUCGGCGUUCGCUUAACCGAUAAAAAACAAAACAGACCUAACUACAUGUGGGUGUAACGAG